AUGUUUCAGCACCACCUAAACCUUGCGUUAUUUGACAUAAAAUUGAAAACAGCUCACAAAAAUUUGCUUUUAAUUAAAGGAAAUGAACAUGAAAUUGAGACAUUACCAUUUGAAGGAAGUGUCAAAUUAUCUUUAAAUGAAGAUAUACAUAUUAAGAAAAUUACUUUAUCAUUAGUAGGUGAAUUCUAUUAUGAAUAUAUGGAUAAAGUCACCCAUCAACAAUACUUGGAUAGGUUAUGUGUUCUAAAAGUUGACUGGGGGAAUUUGUUAAGUAAUGAUGAAGGGAAAGUAGUAUUUGGUAAUUAUGGUGAUCGAACUAUUCCGAUGUAUAAAUUAAAGAAUUUGAAAAAUGGAGAAUUGGGUUUUAGUGUUUCUGGAUCCAAUACUGGGUUGAACACACCAUCGCCUGGAUCAUCUUCUGGUACUGCUACACCUACUAGACCUCAGGCAUUGCGUACUAAAUCUACACCAAUUUUUUUCAAGGAUAAAGAUGCUGUUAGUUCAAAAAUCUUGAGAGUCCCCAACAGUGGUGUUGAUGGAACACCGUUCAAAAACGUUCAAAUGUCAUCAAAUCAUUCAUUCUUAUUACCAAAAGGCAAUUACAAUCUACCAUUCAAAGUAUACCUUCCAACCAACAUUCCAGAAACCGUUGAAAGCUUGCCAUUGGGUACAUUAUUGUAUAAACUCCAAUGUAACAUUGAAAGAGGUAGAUUCGAAAAAUCAGUUAAUGUGAGUAAACAUAUUAGAAUUGUUAGAACAUUAAAUCCAAGGAAUUUAAAUUUGACUGAUUCGAUUGAUGUGAGCAAUACGUGGGUCGGAAAAUUGCAAUACAAUGUCAACAUGUCCAAGAAGGGGGUUGCCAUUGGUUCUACUAUUCCUAUUAACAUCACAAUUAUUCCUAUUGUUAAAGGUUUAAGUUUGAAAGCAAUUAAUGGGUGUAUCGUGGAGCAUUACCACGUACAGAUCGGUAAUGAAAGAUCCCCAGAAUAUGAAAGGGUGAUAGGAAAACAGGAUUUGGAUACUCCAAACUCGGACGACUUGCCAUAUGAAAAGUGGGAGUUUAGAAUUCAUUAUAAAGUUCCAGAGCAUUUGAAGAAAAUAACACAAAGCUGUGAACUUAGAGAUAAUAUGAUUGUUGUUAAACAUAGAUUGAGAGUGUCUAUACAACUCAGAAAUUCAGGUGGACAUGUUAGUGAGUUAAGAGCAAAUUUGCCAAUAUUUGUGUACAUCAGUGCAAAUUCUGGACAUGUAAUUGGAAGACAUUACGAUGUUGAUAAUCACCAUGGCACUUUCCAGUUGGAUUAUCAGAAGGAAGAUAUCUUAUUUCAUCAUCACGACAGAAGAGAGCCAUUGCGUGUACCCGGCACCUCAGCGACGGAGACGGAAGAAGAGAAUGAAUCAGAAGAUCUGGAUGGAGAGGAUUUAGAUCGUGAAGAUUCCGCUCCUCCGAUGUAUGAAAAACAUGUUUUCGACAAAAUAUAUGACAUGAAUUUACCGCAGACUCCAUUGGAGCAGUUUCGAUCGCAACAAGCUACUCCUCUGCAUUCCAAUAAUAACUCUUCAGUGAAUGUGUCAAGUUAUUUUGAUAUUCCCUUUUCACAGGCUUUAGAGAAUAAUCUGAAAAAGAAACAAGUGCAGACACCUAUUUUCGAUAUUGACUACAUGUCACAUAUUCCUUCAUAUACGGAAGCGUUAGACGACGAUGAUGAUGGUGGUGGUGACGAAGAUUUUGCACCUGGAUAUUCUGAUAGUGGUAGUGAAAACGUUAGUGUUGUUUCUGGUGGAACCACACCUAUAAAAAUCACGUUGCCAAAGAAUAACAGUACUGGCCAUUUUAAGUCUUCAAGCAAGCAUAAUUCAUUACCUAGCACGAAAAGUAAUUCUGGUUCUAAACUGGAUCUUGAAUCUAGUUUGAAGUUGAGAUUUUUCCACCACAGCAAAAAGAAAUAA